ACUCUAGAUGGCGUGGAUGUGCGGCUAUAAUGGAGAUUUUGAGUGACAAGUUAAACGUAAGUUUGUUACGUUAUCCUGUUAUGUGUUUCAAAGGAUUUUUCAUCAAAAAAUUUACGAUUGCUUUUUGUAUGUGGUGGUGUUUCGCCUUGUCAGCUAUGCCAGCUGCUGAACCAGCAGCCUGCAUUCCUGCUAUCAAUGUACAAUAAGGGAUCCUGGCACUUUAAGAAGGCCACUAUUCCUUAGAUAAAGAUCACCAUCCAGUUCAAGUACUGUUAAUGGACCUCAAGCCUUUUGUUUAAGCUUAGUGAUGUGUUCUCUUGUCAGUCAACGACAGAGUCUUCAUCUACUUUGUGUUGCUAACCAUCAGCCUUCAGCAUCCCAGGUCUCCAGAUUUCCAAGUUUCUCUGAUUAGCAAAAUUCCCGUCAGCUCUUCAUUGUGGCUUCUCUUCCUCUCUUCUUAGUCUGCUGAAUGCCAACAUUGAAUAAGGUUCAUCAUCAUUGCCUUUCCAUGUUCUUCUCACCGUUACUUAGCCAGCUCACAUGGAUAGGCUUUAAUAACAUCUCCAUUUUUUGGACUGCAAAUAUUCAUGUUCGUUCGGUACAACACUGCCGUUUUGACAAUUUCGGUAGUUUCGCCCCCAGUGGACCACACGCAACUACAUUUUCUUCGUCUUCCUGCCGUUGUUGUCAACGACUUCACCUCAUCGCUAUCUUCGUUGACAUCUUCGCCUUCAUCUCUGUCUCGUCGUCUUGGUCGUCUUCAUCUUCGUCUCGUCGUUUUGGUCGUCUUCGCCUUCAUCUCUGUCUCGUCGUCUUGGUCGUCUUCCCCUUCAUCCCCGUCUCGUCGUUUUGGUCGUCUUCGCCUUCAUCUCCGUCUCUCCGUCUCGUCGUCUUCGCUGUCUUUGUUUACGCCAUUACCUCGUCGCUGGCUUCUCCUUCGCCUUUCCCGUAGGGAAUUCAUCGUGGAUCGUCGCUCUGGUACUGUUUUAUUUUGCAUUGUUAUGUUUAAGUUAACCCGUUGGCUGCCACCCCGUUUGCGUCCCAUUUUUUUUGUAGCUUGUAGGGACCGGCCGCAAUGGCCUUCGCCGCAAGGCGCUUUAGGCAAUGCACCAGUAGGGACUUCUCUUUGUCGAUGCGGUGGCGGAUUCCUGAGGGUGUGCAUUCCCUGUAAUGGAUUCCGUCGCCGUGUCAACCCGGACUUGUCUUCGGACAAGUCCCACCUUGUUCGCGAUCCUUAAGACGCGAUGCGUAGCUACUGUAGUUUAAGCAACCUACGGGUUGCGUGGCCUGGCAGCCAACGGGUUAACUUAUAGUUAAGUGUAUGUAUGUUUGUGUAAAUAUAUUUGUGUAUGUAUUGUUAUGUAAAAUAGUGGUGGAA